GCUACGUUCGAAGGACAAAUGGCCCAAGUCCACAUCCCACACUUAGCCGCUACCAAUAGAGCCAAGUUUGCCAUUAAGAGCUACAGCGUUGAGCAUGGAUACCCAUCGAGAAGAAGGUCCUUGGUUGACGACGCCAAAUUCGAGACCCAGAAGAAUAAAGAAGCUCAAGAAGAAUGGAAAAGGCAGACUAGUUCUCAAGACGGUGACAUCAUCAGCGAGGUUUUUGUCGAAGAAGUUGUGCCCGAAGAGAAACAAACUACAAACGUCGUAUUCGGUCUCAAGCAUGGCGUUGAAGCUCUUACAAGUAUCUUGAAAGAGGUCGAAGCCUGCGGUGGGAAAGUGAGCCACCUUGAGACCAGGAACUCACGGAACGAGAAUCAGACGCACGAAGUCUUCGUAUCGAUGGAGAUCACAAGGGAAAAUCUCCUGAAGCUCAUGAAGAUCAUGACCAUCAGCAGCAUGGCAGAUAUGCAGAUCAUCAAAGAAAUAUCGUCAGCCAUAGCAGGAGAUGUCUGGUUCCCGAUGCACAUUUCUGAUCUGGAUUUCUGCACGCACGUGCUUACCAAGUUUGAACCAGAUCUCGACAGCGAUCAUCCAGGUUUCUCUGACCCAGUCUACCGUGCAAGAAGAAAAGAAAUUGCGCAGAUUGCAUUCGACUACAAGUUUGGCCAGCCCAUUCCAAAGGUCGACUACACUCCAGAAGAAGUUCGCACCUGGGGCAUCGUGUACCGUGAAAUGAGGGAACUCGUCGACACUCACACCUGCAAGGAGUUUGCGACGGCCAUCAGACUGCUCGAGAAGGAACUGGACUAUGGACCAGAUGCCGUACCACAACUGGAGGAGGUCUCCAACUUCUUGAAACGCAGCAGUGGUUUCACGCUAAGACCAGCGUCUGGGCUUCUCACCGCCAGGGACUUCCUGGCUAGCCUCGCCUUUCGCGUGUUCCAGUGCACACAGUACGUGAGACAUGCAUCCGCGCCACAGCAUUCUCCGGAGCCUGACUGCAUUCACGAACUUCUCGGCCACAUACCAAUGUUUGCAGAGCCUACCUUCGCACAAUUUUCUCAAGAUAUCGGUCUGGCUUCCUUGGGUAUCUCGGACGAAAACAUAGAAAAGCUGGCAACUCUGUACUGGUUUACUGUCGAAUUUGGACUUUGCAAACAAAAUGGUGAAGUCCGGGCCUAUGGGGCAGGUCUCCUCUCGUCCGUUGGCGAAAUCAAACAUGCUCUGUCGAGCAAGCCUCAAGUACUGCCAUUCGAGCCCGAAGUCACCGCUGUGCAAAAGUAUCAAGAUCUAGAGUACCAGGACACAUACUUCCUCGCAGAAAGCUUCAACGACGCCAAGGAGAAAUUAAGGAGCUACGUAUCCAGAAAAGGAUUCAGACCAUUUGAGGUGAGCUACGAUGCGUACACCCAGUCUAUCAUCAUAUUGGAUUCUCCCGUCAAGCUGCUGGGACUUGUUGACAACCUCAAGACUGAUAUCGCCUUCCUUACUAACGCCCUCCACAGAAUUAAGUGGAAGUAGAAAUGGCGAGGUACAAUUUCGUAUCUACACAAUACAAACACGUGUCAAUAAAGAAAAGUCUUUUGAGGGCAUCUAGCUCAUGCAAAUUCCAUGUGUAUGUGUAUAUAUGUAUAUCUGUGCAUGUGAAAUACGUAGGUGUACACGGACUUAAACAUUGAACAUUGUACGGUUGACAUUGGUGGCGGCAUUUGUGUCUUUAUCUGUAUCGGGCUUUAGUCUUAUACGUGUUCCAAAUGUAUCGAAUAUGCUUCCUUACAAUCUCGCGUCCUUGUU